AUGGCGACCUUGGGGGCUCAGCGUAAGCACAAGGUGACGGUUGUGGGCUCUGGCAACUGGGGCACCACCAUGUCGAAGCUCGUCGCCGAGAACGUCAAGGCCAACCCGAACCUCUUCGACCAGACGGUGCAGAUGUGGGUAUACGAGGAGGAAGUCACGAUUCCGAAGGACUCCCGUCACUACGAUCCCAGCAACGACAAGCCGCAGAAGCUUUCCGAGGUCUUCAACCGCGUCCACGAGAACGUCAAGUAUCUGCCGAACAUCACGGUUCCGUCAAACGUCGUUGGCAACCCUGAUCUUGUCGAUUCUUGCAAGGACUCUACAAUCCUCAUCUUCGUGCUGCCGCAUCAAUUCAUUCCGAGAGUAUGCGAUCAGUUGGUGGGCAAGAUCAUGCCGUUUGCGCGAGCGAUAUGCUGCACAAAGGGUGUGGAUGUUAGCGAGAAGGGUAUCAGGCUCAUGUCCGAGGCCAUUGGCAUGUCUCUGAGCAUCUACUGCGGCGCACUGUCCGGGGCAAACAUUGCUUCCGAAAUUGCUCAGGAGAAGUACUCCGAGACGACCGUAGCAUAUGACCCACCGCCAAUGGAUUCUCGCGCGCCGACACCAAAGGGCUCGCCAACCGCCUCCCAGGUUGACCUCAUCUCCCCAAGCAAGCCCGUUCCGAGCGCCCGAUCCGCACGUCUCAAGGCGCUUCCAAACGAGUAUCCUCCUCUGUCUCACGAGAACGUCCGCAAGCUGUUCCACCGCCCAUACUUCCACGUCCGCAUGGUCUCCGACGUCGCCGGUGUAUCCCUGGGCGGUGCCCUGAAGAACAUCAUUGCCCUCGCAGCCGGUUUUGUUGACGGUCUCGGCUGGGGCGACAACGCUAAAGCGGCCGUGAUGCGCGUCGGCAUCCUCGAGAUGGUCAGGUUCGGCAAAGAAUUCUUCCCGGACAGCGUGCACACGAGCACCUUCACCGAGGAAUCUUGCGGCGUCGCCGACGUCGUAACCUCUUGUAUGGGUGGCCGUAACUUCCGCUGCGCCAAGAUGGCCAUCGAGCGUGGGGAGAGCAUAUUCGAGAUCGAGCAGAAGGUGCUUAAUGGGCAGAAGCUGCAGGGCACGAGUACGGCGUAUGAAGUGAAUACCUUCUUGAAGAGCCAGGGUCUGGAGCAGGAGUUCCCGCUGUUCACCGCAGUGUAUAAUAUCCUGGAGAAGAAUGUCAGGCCGGAGGAUAUUCCGGAGUUGAUUGAGCCCAAGGCUUAA